AUGGCUGAAGACUCAGACUACCGACAUUUUCCCACUCCCCCAACCAUUCCGAUUUCCAAAUUUAUCGUCACUAUUCCUGAGAAAGACCUGCGAUCUCUCAAAGACCAACUUCGGACCUCGAAACUCGGUCCCAGAACUUACGAGAACACAGGAGCCGAUGGCAAAUAUGGGGUUACUUACGAAUGGAUGUCGCAAGCAAAGGAUUAUUGGGAAUCGACCUUUGACUGGCGAGGUGUUGAAUCCACCAUCAACAGUAUUCCCAAUUUUAUGGCCGAUAUCUCUAUCCCCAUUGCGAGUACCAGUCAGGACAACUCCUUCCAAAUCCAUUUCGCCGCGCUCUUCUCUCAGAGAAAAGACGCCAUUCCCCUGAUGUGUAUCCAUGGAUGGCCUGGUAGUUUCCUCGAAUUUCUGGGAAUUCUCUCCGCUCUUCAGAAUAAAUACAGCCCAGUUGAUCUUCCAUAUCACAUCAUCGUCCCAUCUCUCCCAGGAUAUGCAUUCUCCGGUACCCCUCCCCUGGACCGAGACUGGAGACUUGAGGAUUCUGCCAAUCUUCUCCAUAAGCUCAUGUGUGGUCUGGGGUUUGAAGCAGGUUAUGCACUACAAGGUGGCGAUAUCGGAAGUUAUACGGCCCGGAUCAUGGCUGGCACUUUCAAUUCCUGCAAAGCGCUUCAUCUUAACUUUUGUCCCAUACCUUGUCCAGACGAGAAGGUUCACGGCAGAUUGCCAAUUCAAGAAUGGGAGAAACGAGGUCUAGAACGAGCUGAUGAUUUUGUCAAAUAUGGAACGGCAUACGCGGUCGAACAGUCGACGAGAGCCUCUACAAUCGGAUUCGUAUUGUCAUCGAGCCCUGUUGCCCUGUUGGCAUGGAUUGGCGAAAAAUUCCUAGCCUGGACUGACGAGACUCCUUCUCUUGAUCAGAUCCUCGAAUCUGUAACACUCUACUGGUUGACAGAGACCAUUCCACGGGCCAUGUAUCCCUACCGACAGGUAUGUGCCCAACGAUACAUGCCUCACAACGACCCAAAAUAUCACUGCCGUCAACCUCUGGGCUAUUCAUGGUUUCCAAAGGAAAUUGUGCCGAUUCCACAGAGUUGGGCGUCUACGACGGGGAAUUUGGUUUGGUCUAACAAGCACACUAAGGGAGGUCACUUUGCCGCUAUGGAACAGCCGCAAGAAUUACUGGCUGAUAUUGAGGAUUUUUUGACACAAGUGUGGCUUACUGGGAAAUGAGCUUUCUUUCCUUGGACAUGUUCGUACGCUGUAUGACUUUUGGAAUAGUUAGGGGGAUGAAUGAGAGAUCGAUGUCGGGCCAUGUCUCGCCGAUAUUAAACAAUCGCUGAGUGACCCAACAAAGUCUCAGGUACACACCCACCAGACUGAACCUGUUGUCCUCGUCAGUGGAUUAAAUUUCCAUAUUCAGUCACGUUGUGAUAAAGGGUGGACACUGUCAAUCAGUCAAGACCAGGGCAAGGAUUGAUUACUGUUUCCAUCAUUCGCAACCAAGGGUAUCUAUCUCCACCAACUACCCGAGCAAGCUAGAGCCAAUAGUAAUACCAAC